AUGGGCUGUGGAAUGAGCACAGAGGAUAAGGAGGGCAAGGCCCGCAACGACGAGAUUGAGAACCAGCUGAAGAGGGAUCGCAUGCAGCAGCGCAAUGAGAUCAAGAUGCUGCUUCUCGGCGCCGGUGAAUCCGGCAAGUCUACCAUCCUCAAGCAGAUGAAGCUUAUCCACGAGGGUGGCUAUAGCCGCGAUGAGCGCGAGUCCUUCAAGGAAAUCAUCUUCAGCAACACGGUCCAGUCGAUGCGCGUCAUCCUCGAGGCCAUGGAGUCACUCGAGAUCCCCUUGGCCGAUCCCCGCAUGGAGUACCACGUACAGACCAUUUUCAUGCAACCAGCUCAGAUCGAGGGAGACGUUCUGCCGCCGGAGGUCGGAAACGCCAUCGAGGCCCUCUGGAAGGAUGCUGGUGUUCAGGCUUGCUUCGCGCGGUCAAGAGAAUACCAGCUCAACGACUCGGCCAAAUACUACUUCGACAACAUCCAGCGUAUUGCUGCGCCCGAUUACAUGCCCAACGACCAGGACGUUCUGCGGUCGCGUGUUAAGACGACGGGUAUCACCGAGACGACGUUCAUUAUUGGCGAGCUCACCUACCGCAUGUUCGACGUCGGUGGCCAGCGGUCGGAGCGCAAGAAGUGGAUCCACUGCUUUGAGAAUGUCACGACGAUCCUCUUCCUGGUCGCUAUCUCCGAGUACGACCAGCUGCUGUUCGAGGAUGAGACCGUCAACCGUAUGCAGGAGGCCCUUACUCUGUUCGACUCCAUCUGCAACUCGAGGUGGUUCAUCAAGACCUCCAUCAUUCUCUUCCUCAACAAGAUCGACCGUUUCAAGGAGAAGCUGCCCGUCAGCCCGAUGAAGAACUACUUCCCCGACUACGAGGGUGGCGACGACUACGGUGCUGCUUGCGACUACAUCCUGAACCGCUUCGUCUCAUUAAAUCAGCACGAGUCGAAGCAGAUCUACACGCACUUCACCUGUGCCACCGACACGACCCAGAUCCGCUUUGUCAUGGCUGCGGUCAAUGACAUCAUCAUCCAGGAGAACCUCCGUCUCUGCGGUCUCAUCUAA